AUGCAUAUACAGGAAGGAACAAACACAACUCUGACAACAUGUUCCAAAAUGACAGAAGAAGUAGACAGAAGACAUGGUGUGAAUGGGAACAGCAGUAGUAAGAAUGCUCAUGAGGAUCCCCCUGUGGCGAGUUCAGCUCCCGCUACGACGGGUGGGAGGCUCAAGUUCUUUAAAGAUGGAAAGUUUAUAUUGGAACUGGUCCGAGGCAGCGCGCGCGAGGGUGAGCGCGCCGGCUGGGUGUCGGUGCCUCGUAAGACGUUCUGGCCGCCGGCCGCCGCCCCGCCGACGCCUCCACACGCGGCGCCGCCCUGCGCCUCCUUGUCACUGUCAGACGACAACUCGUCGCUGCACUCCUCGCCCUGCACCUCGCACCGCGACCACUGCUGGAAGCAGCCGACGCCGCGCCGCAACCUGUCCAAAGAGUUAGCCAUGUACUACUGCAGGCCCGCCACCCUGCACACCGCCCACAUCGCCACCGCCGCACGCCUCAAGAGGAGGAGACCCUUCGACACCGGCUACCAUGAGGUCCUCACCAACGGGACGCUCCGGAAGACCUGUGUGAACGGAGCCUGUGACAAGAAACGGAACGGUGACGUCGGCUCGCCCGAGAACAAGCUUUGUAAAGGAGAAGACGUGGUCGACGGGCCGACGAAGACGGACGAGGAUAGGUGGACGGACUUCGACAGGGAGAAAUACUUUCAUAUGAAACUCAAAAAACCAUAUCAGUAUCAUAAGUUAAGGGUGUACAAAAAGACGAGGCCGGCGCUACGACGCAAGGAGUUGGCCCGGGUCUUAGAAAGACUCCGAGAGAAAAUUCUGUCGUUACCCGCGCCCGUGAACGCUAAACUGGCGAACUGCAGGCAGGAGCACAUGAUGGUGUCUCCGAGGAAACGGAUCCUGCGGGAGAUGGAGCGGGUCAGUCUCGAAGACCAGGCGACCAAGAGGAGAGCGAAGACGGUCCCCGCGCUCAGCACGGCCUCCUACCCGCCCUCGCCCGGCCCCAGUCACACACAGCACCGCGGAGCAGACGGGCCGGCGAGACUGGCCAACGGGACGGCUCCCAGGAAGGAGGCCGCGGUGUCCAAGAACGUCAGCAGCUACAGCAUACACUCGUUGCUCAGCAUGCCUGAUGAGAGUCCCACGCGCCGCUCGCCCGAGGCCAAGCGUUCGCCGCAUUCCUACCCACCGUCAUUGAAGACGGAGUCUCCUUCGAGCGUCAACUCGCCCGAUUUGAGCCCCAGUCCGGACAGCUACCGGUACAGGUACUCGGCUCUGUCGCUGGGCUCCCCGGGACGCGGCGCGGCACGAGAUUCGCCCACGCCGCCUCAGCCCACCAACCCGCCUUCCUUCCGUGCAUAUGCACCGCCCACGUCCCCGUACGGUGGUCGUCCGGGGCCCGCGUGGCCCGCUCCGCCUCCGCCGGGGCCCUUCAGACGAGACGAGUGGGCCGGCCCGGGCGCUGUGAGCGGCAUGAGCAGCGCACAGUAUGUGUUCGGGUAUGGGUACGCUCCGCACGUGUACCGCGCCGCGCCUGCGCCCCCUCUGUGGAUGCAUUACGCGUUGGCCCCGGGCGCUCCCCCCGGCCCGUGGGCGCCUCUCGCUCAUCCCCUGCUCACGGACCACAUACCCAAGGAGGAGCCCACGUCCGAUUUGCCGUUAAACUUAUCGAAACAUUGA